AUGGCUACCAGAUUCGUUGAUAUCGAGUGCCUGGACACAGCUGUGCUGGACGCCAAUGGCGCGUACAGGAAGUCCACUGGGGCACCUGUGCACCAUCGCGUCAUGGGGACGCUCUCUAUUGUAGCGGUGACCUACUUCUUUGGUUGCGGCGGACCGCUAGGCUCAGAGCCCAUUAUCUCCUCCACCGGCCCAGCGAUCGGCCUCCCGGCCAUGCUGUUGUAUCCUCUCCUCGUGACGGUACCGUACGCCUUCAUCAUAGCAGAGCUGUGCUGUGCUUUCCCGGAAGAUGGUGGCUUCACGGUGUGGGUUUUCAACGCGUGCGGCCCGUUCUGGGGCUUUCAGGUCGGCUGGUGGUCCUUCGUAUCCGGUAUUUUCAACACGGCGUUGCUGCCGGGCUUCCUGUUGGAAAUCUUGGACGAUUACUACAGCGUAUCUAUCUCUUCUGGCGUCGUCUCGUACGCUGUCAAACUGGCGCUUGCUAUUCUGUUCACACUCCCGAGUCUCGUUGGCACUCGAAUCGUGUCUCGCACUUGUGUGGUGCUACUGGGUUGCGUGCUGCUUCCCGUCCUGGUGUUCACCGUUUGGGGGUAUUCUCGAGCACGUGACUUCGGAGACCUGUUCGAGGUUCGACACGAGACUAACAUCAUCCACGAAGACCUGGGCGACGACGAGCAAGUUGGUGCCGUGGAAAUCAAGUGGGCCUUGCUACUGAACACCUUGUUCUGGGCUUUCGACGGCAUCAACAUGGCCUCUGUUUUCGGUGGUGAGGUGUCCAACCCAGCGCGCGCCUAUCCGCGAGCCAUCGCGUACACCGUUGCGUUGACGCUGUUGACUUAUCUGGUUCCUAUUCCGGCCGCCAUCCUUGUGGAUGACCCCAACUGGACCUACUUCACACGUGACUCGUAUCCUGCACUCGCCGACGCCAUCGGGGGGCCGGUGCUCAAGGCUUUCUUCGUGUUUUCGUCGUGCUGUUCCGUCGCCGGGUUGUUCAUCUCCGGUAUUUUCUGCAAGUCGUUUCAGUUGUCUGGCAUGAGCGACUUGCAUCUCCUGCCUGCCUGUUUCGCAUGGCGUAGUAGCCGCUUUGAUGCUCCAUACGUGUCCAUCGGAGCCACAGCUCUCUUCACGAUGACGUUACUAGGCGUAGACUUUGACGCGCUGCUACCCAUGGCCAACGCUUUUGCCGGAGCGGUGCAGCUCCUGAUCAUCCUUGCAGCCAUUAGGCUCCGCCAACUGCUUCCGUACAUCCCUCGACCCGUUCGAGUCCCCGGUGGCACACGCGUGCUCGCCACGUUGGCCGGACUGCCGACGGUUGUACUCUGCUACAUUGUGUUCGACACUUUCCGCAGCAUGACGUCCACGUUGAUCGUCUUGGCGUUCCUAGUGCCUGGCGUCGUGUACGGUCUCUAUGAGCGACGCCACAAUCAAGUGCCGCGCAACCGGAUCGGAGAGCGACUCUGAGGCUGGUCUUUGAUAUUGAAGUUGUUCAUUAAUGCUGUUUGUCAUUUACAUGUAUCGCCAAUGCUUGUUUCGUU